UUAAUUAACCCAUUUUCAAAUUUUUCAUUUGGUUGUAAAAGGAAUUAAGUGCAAAUUGAGCAAAAUUUAGAGAAACGCACCGUCUUAAUCGACUUUCAUCUCUCGUUGUGACAUCUAAACUUGUUGUGAGCGUGCGUUUCAGUUCUCUCUUCCAAGCCCUAAUCUGUUGCUCCUUCCACCUCUCCUCUUCAGCAUGUCGAGGCCGCUCUCAAAGUUGCUCUUCAAGGGAAUUUCAGGCUUCCCGGCUGCCUGUUCUAGUAAAAUUGUAUCUGGAUCCUUUUAUCAAAAUGGAAUGAGAUACUCAACCUCUGUGCCUAAUGACUCCGACACACAUGACGAUUUUAAACCCGCUAAUAAGUUCGACGGUUCUGGCCUUAGUUUGAAGGAACUUGUUGAGCAGGAUGUGAAGGACAACCCUGUAAUGCUUUAUAUGAAAGGAGUGCCUGAGGUUCCCCAAUGUGGAUUCAGCUCACUUGCAGUAAGAGUGUUAAAACAAUAUGCUGUUCCUUUGAGUGCUAGGAAUAUUUUGGAAGAUCCUGAGCUCAAAACUGCUGUUAAAGCUUUUAGCCACUGGCCAACAUUUCCACAGAUAUUCAUCAAGGGGGAGUUCAUUGGAGGGUCAGACAUAAUUCUCAAUAUGCACCAGUCUGGUGAGCUCAAGGAAAAGCUUAAGGAUAUCGCGGUCAAUCAAGAGAAGUCUGCAUAAGAAAAAUUAUGAGAGGGUAGGUUAAAUGUUAUCUGUGUAAUCUUUUGUUGAUAAAAGAUGACUAGAUAUGUGGUUAUCCUUGUUUCCUUCAAGGUUGAUAAACCUAAUUUGCAAUAAAUGUCAGCUUAAUAUUCUCUUUUCA